CACUUAUUACACAGAUUUUACUCCUUUCCUUUUCUUUCUGUGUGUGUAUAAAAGUUCAAUUCUUUUAGUAUCUUUUCUAAAUUGGAAGAAAAGUUAAUGCUGAAAAGUGAAAAAACAUUCAAUUUUUCCCCUCAUUUCAUCGAUGUCGUUUGAUAUUAGUUAAAUUCUUUGAAACUGUUGAUCGGAAGAUCCAAGAAGAUAUCUCUUUUCAAUUUAAAAUUCUUGAAUUUAAAUGGAGGGGUUCUUGAAUUGUGUAGUUUUUCAUGUGGGUAUUGAUCUUUUGAAUGUCAAUCUUAUAAAUUUGGUUCAAAUUUGUUGAAAUUUGAAGAAACAUUAGGUCUCUAUCAGGUUAGGAUUUUUUUAAGUAAUUGGGGGAAAGAGAAUGGGAUUGGAGAGUCUGCUUAUUCUAACAGUAGAUCCACCAAUAAAACGGCGAGCAGGGCUACGGAGAAAACAGGCAGGGAGAGGCUCUUACAGGGGGAGCUAGGCGUAAAUUAGGGUUUAACUUUUUUUGGGGGUGUGAAAGUUCAUAAUUCAUUAGGUUGGUGGUGUAAUUACAGUAGGAAUUGUUUAGAUUUUUUCCGAAAGAAGAUGGGGGUUAGUGCAUUACAUCAAGCUCUGAAGAAUUUCUGUCUUAACACCGACUGGAAUUAUGCUGUUUUUUGGAAAUUGAAUCCUCAAGCUCGAAUGAUGUUGACUUGUGAAGAUGCUUAUUAUGACAAAAAUGAUCCUUCAGGGAGCAAAAAACCGUUUGAUACAAUGAUUGGAAAUUUGCAUGAACAAGACCUUCUUGACCUAGCAGUGGCAAAGAUGUCUUUUCACAGAUAUUCUCUCGGGGAAGGAAUCAUUGGGCAGGUUGCAGUUACAGAUAAACAUCUAUGGGUUUCUGGUGAUCAGCUUGUUAGUGAUCCCAGCUUGUCCUUUGAGGAUUAUGAUGGAUGGAAAACUCAGCUGCAAGCUGGGAUUAGGACGAUUGUUGUUGUGGGUGUUAUUCCUCAUGGAGUCGUACAACUUGGCUCAUUAAAGAAUAUUCCUGAGGAUUUGAAAAUGGUGAAUGACAUCCGAGAGAUCUUUCUUGAGUUACAAACUUCUUUAACCGGAUGCAUACCUAGCACUACUAGUUCAUAUAACGAUACAAUUACUUCCGUAAACUUCGGAAUCAACAAAUCCUACACAAUAUCCAAUCCCGAUCGAAACCCGGAAUCAGGAAUUCCCGUUCCGUCAAAUUUCCAAACGCUAAUGAACUCCAGAAACACAGAUUCCCAAACCGAAACCAACACCAUGAAUACAUCUUUCAAUUUCCCAGCCGGAUGCGAGUUAUACGAAGCACUAGGACCCGCAUUUUUUAACCAAAAUGAAAAUUACAAUAGUCAAACGGUCAAUGAGAUGCCUGGAAUCGGAAUGAGAAAUACCGAUCAUUUGACACCCAACUCGGGUUCCGAACAUCUUCUAGAAGCGGUUGUGGCCAAUGUUUGUCAAAGCGAUAGUGAGUUUAGUAACUCGGUGAAAUGGGUCGACCCGCGGUUCAAUGACAUGCAAACGAGCGGUUCGGGUUGUUAUUCGUUUGAGACUUACGGUUCUUCAUUAGGGUUCUCAUCGGCUAGUCAUAGUAGGUGUAGUGAACCAUUAGAACAAUCACAAGAACGGGUGCAUGUUAGCAAGAAACGGGCUAAACCGGGUGAGGGUAGUAGGCCCAGGCCCAGAGAUAGACAGCUUAUUCAAGAUCGUAUUAAGGAACUUCGUGAGCUCGUGCCUAAUGGAGCUAAGUGCAGCAUUGAUUCACUUCUGGAAAGAACAAUCAAGCACAUGCUCUUCAUGCAAUGUGUUACGAAGCAUGCUGACAAAAUCGAUAAAUAUGCCGAAUCUAAGUUGCUAGGAAAGGAAGCAGGCAUACGAGGUCCAUCAAGUCAUGAACAGGGUUCAAGUUGGGCAAUGGAGGUUGGGGAUCAGAUGAAAGUUUGUCCGGUAACAGUAGAAAACAUUGGUACAAACGGCCAAAUGCUGGUGGAGAUGAUGUGUGAAGAAGGCGUCCAUUUUCUUGAGAUAGCAGAUGCCAUUAGGAGUUUGGGUCUCACUAUUUUGAAAGGAGUUACAGAACCCGAAUGUGAUAAAACCCGGAUGUGUUUUCUUGUCGAGGGAGAGAAUAACAGAAAUGUUCAUCGGAUGGAUAUACUUUGGUUACUUGUUCAGAUAUUACAAUCGAAGACACAAACUUAAACUUAGCUGGAUUGUUUUUUUUUUUUUUUUUCUCAUGUCGUGUUGUAAUUUAGCUCCUUUUUUUAAAAAAAAAUUGAUGCAAAAAUAAUAUGUAUUGCCUUUAAGUUUAGGUUUUUUGUGUCUUUG